AUGGUCAUUUCUCCUCCAGCCCCAGAUGGGUACCACAGCUGUCAAAUAAAGGAAAAUGCAGUAGAAAGACUCAUGUUUCAAAUAAAGAAGCUUAGGGAAAAGAACCAGAAGUAUCAUGAAAGGAAUGGGCGCUUAAAGGAGGAACAGAAUUGGCACAUAAAGAACCUACUAAAGGAACUGAGUGAGGAUAAGUCAGAUGGAUUACCAGUUGUAACGAGAGAGGAUGUUGAAGAAGCAAUGAAGGAAAAAUGGAAGUUUGAAAGAGACCAGGGAAAAAACUUGAGAGAUAUGCGCACACAAAUAGGUAAUGCUGAGAAACUGUUUCUUGAGAAACUCAGUGAAAAGGAAUAUUGGGAAGAGUACAAGAAUGUAGGGAGUGAACAACAUGCUAAACUCAUUACAUCCUUGCAAAAUGACAUCAAUACAGUUAAAGAGAAUGCAGAGAAAACGUCAGAACAGUAUAAAAUUACUCUGGAAGAUACUAGAAAGAAAAUAAUCAGAGAAACUUUGGUGCUACUGGACCAAAAGAAGGAAUGGGCUGCGCAGAAUGCUGUAAAGUUAAUUGAUAAAAACAGUUAUCGAGAGAUCUGGGAGAAUGAUUGGCUGAAAAAAGAGAUUGCAAUUCACAGGAAGGAAGUUGAAGAAUUAGAAAAUAUUAUUCAAGAACUGGAAGAAGAAAAUUUGGUGCUUAUUGAUCAACUGUUCAACUGUAGACUUGUGGAUCUUAAAAUACCCAGGCGACUGUAUCUUACUCAAGCAACUGGGCAGGAAUUGUCACCUGAAGAAAAGCCUUUGGAAUUUGCAGAACCAUUUAUAGAAGACAAGACAAAAAAGCAACCCACAGAAAGUGGAGACAUGCUGAGCUCAUCAUUUGGGAGCAGUCUUCUCCAUCUCAGUCAUGAAGAUAGUAUCAGAGAUGACCAGCAUCUAAAGAUAAGGGAAGAGGAUACCUUAUGCACAGAGUUUGGAGACUCUCAUGUGAAAUAUUUACUAUAUGAAGAUGAGCGGGAUUUCAAGGAUUUUGUAAACUUGGGCCCACUGUCCGUGAAGCUCAUGAGUGUGGAGAGCAAGAAAAUGUCUAUUCAUUUUCAAGAAAAGGAGAGUCCAGUCAAAUUCUUUGAAGAUGUCAGUUACCCAGAAAGUCGCAUCACUUAUAAGAUGAUGAAGUCUUUUCUCUAA